AUGGCUUCUAAGACAUUAAGCUUUAGCUGGUGCUUGGUGAUAUGUUUAUUAGCGUUACUGGGCAGAUCGAGCGGUGGUGGUCGUUUCAAACCAAGUGCAUGGUCUCUUGCUCAUGCCACCUUCUAUGGUGAUGAUUCUGCAUCUGAGACGAUGGGGGGAGCUUGUGGGUACGGAAACUUGUUCAACAAUGGCUACGGAACAGACACCGCUGCUUUGAGCACGACAUUGUUCAAUGAUGGAUAUGCUUGUGGGACUUGUUACCAGAUAAAAUGUUACCAAUCGACUGCAUGUUAUAAAGACGUGUCUUUCACAACAGUUACAGCCACAAACCUUUGCCCACCAAACUGGGCGGAGGACUCUAACAACGGUGGGUGGUGCAACCCUCCUCGUGCUCAUUUCGACAUGUCGAAGCCUGCUUUUGAGAAGAUUGCGGAGUGGAAGGUCGGCAUCAUCCCCGUCCUCUACCGCCGCGUGCCGUGCAUUCGGAGCGGUGGGCUUCGGUUCCAGUUCCAGGGAAAUGCCUACUGGCUGUUGGUGUAUGUGAUGAAUGUUGGAGGUGGUGGAGACAUUGCCAGUAUGUGGGUUAAGGGAAGCGGAACCGGAUGGAUUAGUAUGAGCCACAACUGGGGGGCUUCGUAUCAAGCUUUUGCAACUCUUGGAGGUCAAUCGCUUUCUUUUAAGGUCACUUCGUAUACAACCAAGCAGACUAUUGUUGCUUAUAAUGUAGCUCCUUCUAACUGGAAUGCAGGGUUGACAUACCAGUCAAAUGUCAACUUCCAUUGA